GAACGCUCAGGUUAGCAGUAGUGAGCUGCAGACAUCCUUACUUUUGCAGCUUUUGUCUUCCCUGAAGCCUGCGUGGAAAUGGCACAAUGCAGCCAGGAUGCUUAUAACGAGACCUUGUAUAAGGAAGAAAUUGAUGAAGAAAAUAUUAUUUUAACGCUGGUCCCAGUGACAGAGGAGCCCACCAUCGAAGUGUCUACCGAAUCAAUUAUUUCUUCACCCAUUGGCCUCCAGCCACCAGUUCCCCCUGUGCCAACUUCUGAGGCUAGGAAGCCUCCAGCGUCCCCACGAGUGCCCCAUCUGCCAGCUGUGCUGCCCCCCAUUAAUGAUGUGUCCCGGAACACUCUUCGGGAAUGGUGUCGCUAUCACAACUUGAGUACAGAUGGAAAGAAAAUUGACGUGUACAAGAGACUCCUGGAGAAUUCAUAUUCAAAACAACAAUGCCACAUUCCCGACACAUCUCUUGAAGCCAGACUGAAGCCACUUCCCAGGAAACCCAAGACUGUUGUCACCAAAAGAUCCAAGCCUGAAAAUCUUGAGAGUAGUAGUAGAGAGGAGACCGGUAUAGUUGAAGUGCUAACUUCAGAAAAGGAGUCGGUAUUCGCAACCUGGGGAAGGAUUGCUAUGAGAGCUGCCCAGCCUAGAAAUGUGAACCGACAACCUCUUCCCUCUAAUGUAAAGGCCUUUCUGCCUCCAGCCACUGGUAAGACCAUCAGCAAGGAAAAGCAAGGGUUUGGGAGGCUUGGCGCAGUGGCAGAAAUGUCGCCUAGUGUGCUUGAGGUCCUGGAUAUAAUCUCUAGUAUUGGAAAGAAAGGGAAGUAG